ACCCCACAAGCUCUGUGUGCGUCUGUGCGCAAGCUGUCUGCUCUAGCUGCUCUCUUUGGUGGAAGAUUUAUUCAAAGUCUGUGUUUUCAUGCCUCUCCUCACAGGUUGCAUGCUGCCAUGAAGGGACUCUGAUUGAACAGACAUGAAUGCGAGGAGAAGAGGUGGGAAGCCAAACAGAGGAGGUGGGAGAUUCAACAAGCCGAGAGGAGGUGGAGGACGAGGAGGCGGAGGCGGUGGCGGUGGCGGAGGCAGGAAAGGAGGAGCUGCUGGCUGGGAUGACGAUGAUGAUUUCAGCCUUGAUUUUGGACCACCACGUUCAAGCAGACCUGGCAAAGGACGAGGAGGAGGCGGAGGUGGCAGACGUGAAGGUGGCAGAGAUGGAGGAAGAGGAAGAGGAGGAAGAGAUCGAGACAGGGAUGGCAGAAGUGAUGGGAGAGGCAGCAACAGCAAGGCUCUCCCAAGGUCCCUGGCGAGGACAAGAACGUACUCAAAGCCAGGAGAGGGCAUGAGGCUGGAGGCAAGCACCAUGCCCUUGCAGAGGAUCUUCAUGACUAAUGAGAACCAAGAACAACUCAAGGAGCUGCUGCGGGAGCUGCAGACCCAGGACUUUGAUGAGCCCUAUGAUGAAUCUGGCUCAGAUUAUACAGGUGGAGAAGAGGAAGAGGAAGAAUUUGAUGAGUUGGACCACCGCGAGGACGGCCAGUUUUGGAACACCAAUGACGAGCCUGUGGAGAAGGCAGAGAGCCCAGCAUAUGAACCGCUGUCUGAUGAUGAACGGCCCACCCCUGAGCCCAUCAUUUCCCUAUUUGCUAUAGGAAAACUCUGCAGGUUUGGCUUUGACAGGGAGCGCAGCAAGCAGGCACUGGAGUCUGGCGGAGGGGAAUUUGGCAGCACUUUAGAACAGCUCCUCCACCAGGUUUUCAUUGAACGCUUUGGCCAGAAAGCCCUCUCCGUUGAUGGCCUGGAAAGCGUUCCUAUGGAUGAGUGUUUGAGCCAGAGGCAGGAAGAAGCUCUGGCCCUAGCUGCCAUCUACGGGGAUCGCUUCAGUGAGCGCAUUGCUAAUUCAGUCUGGACAGUAAGCCUGGACCUCUCCUUCCUCUCAAACAACAAGAAUUGUGACAGAGUUGGGAGUCGAGGUGGAGGAGGAGAUUUUAACAUGCGUGACGUCUGCAGAUUUUACAUGAAAGGGCAGGGCUGCAGGUUUGGAGACAAAUGCAAGUUUAAACACCAGCUCCCCACUAAAGUAAAAUCUGGGGCUGACUCCCCAGACUUGACAGGUCCAAGCCAGCCUGGCAUCAGCAGCUACUCCCCUCCUGAAUACGAGCUCCAGAUCCGCUUCCCCAAAGGGAACCGGUACCCUUUCCAGGCUCCGAUAGUUGCCUUCAGCACCACCGACGAGUCUGUCGGAGCUGCAGGGAGGCUCAGUGUGACGGAGAGAUUAUUUGGAGAAGCUUUGGCUGCAGCAAAGAGCAGCGAGCCGGUUGUUUACACUCUGAUCACCGUAUGUGAAGAUGAAAACACGAUGAGGGAACUGCUGGCUGUCAGUCAUCACAAAUACAGCACGCCACCGCCUGUUGUGGUCGUUCCUCCUCCUUCUCUUGCCAUAGCGAAGAGUAAAAGUGUGAGGAGCAAUGCCUCUGAGGAAAGCAGGGGUAGUAGUGGCAGUAGUCAUGCCAACAGCAGAAGGAGUGCUCCACCGAAUCAGCAGAAACCCACAGAAGUGAAAGAGACAACAGACGCAGAGGAUCUGGAUGAUAGAGAUGAGGAAGAUGAGGAUGAAGCUGUUCCAGUGGAGAGCGAGAGCUACGUCAACCUGAGGAAGAGGAUGGUGAAUAAACACAACAUGAAGCUGGAUAACGUUCUGCAAGAAAACGGCAAGCUGUGCAGAGAGUUCCAGAAAAAGCAGUCAUCCAGGCGCUUCAGGUCCAUGUUAGAGCAGAGGAGGAAGCUGCCAGCAUGGCAAGAAAAGGAAAACAUCCUUGACCUUUUAGAGCGAUGCCAGGUGCUGGUUGUCAGCGGGAUGACGGGCUGUGGUAAAACCACUCAGAUCCCUCAGUUCAUCCUAGACGCCUCACUUGGCGGUCGAGCAGAAGACGUGUCAAACAUCAUCUGUACUCAGCCACGCCGCAUCUCUGCCAUCUCUGUGGCUCAGAGGGUGGCACAGGAGCGAGCCGAGAGUCUCGGCAACUCCGUGGGCUACCAGAUCCGCCUGGAGAGUGUCAGGUCUUCUGCCACCAGACUGCUGUACUGCACCACAGGAGUGUUACUGAGGAGGCUGGAGGGUGAAGCAGACCUCAGAGGUGUCACACAUGUCAUUGUGGAUGAAGUUCAUGAGCGAACAGAGGAGAGUGACUUCUUGCUGUUGGUGUUAAAGGACCUCAUAGUGCAGAGGCCAGACCUGAAGAUUAUUCUGAUGAGUGCUACUCUAAACGCCGGCCUCUUUUCUGAGUAUUUUUAUAACUGUCCCUCUGUCCACAUACCAGGGCGUACCUUUCCUGUUGACCAGUUCUUCCUUGAAGAUGCAAUCGCUAAAUCUCGCUACGUCAUCGAAGAUGGCAGCCCUUACAUGCGCUCAGGGAAACAGAAUUCGUCUUCCACAAGUGGACGAGGAAGCAAAGCAGAUCCUCGGGACAUGGUGGACGAUUUGGGUGACGACGUGUGGAACUUCAUGUCUUUUUGUAAGAAGGACUUUGUCAAAGACUCGGUUCCAGACCAGCAGCUCAGCCUGCAGGAGCUCACUCUCAGAUACAAAGAUACUAAAAAGUCUGUGCUGAAGACCAUGGCUGCAAUGGACCUGGAUAAGAUCAACAUGGACCUGGUAGAGAGCCUGCUGGAGUGGAUUGUGGAUGGAAAACACGACUACCCUCCAGGUGCGGUGCUUGUGUUUCUGCCAGGCCUCGCUGAGAUCAAAAUGCUCUAUGAGCAGCUCAGAUCCAACAGACUGUUCAACAACAGAGGCACAACCAGGUGUGAGGUUUAUCCACUCCAUUCAACAUUGUCUAAUGAGGAGCAACAGGCAGUCUUCAGUCGACCUCCAGAGGGUGUAACAAAAAUUAUCAUCUCCACUAACAUCGCUGAGACCUCAGUAACCAUCGAUGAUGUGGUAUACGUCAUCGACUCGGGGAAGAUGAAGGAGAAAAGGUAUGAUGCAUCUAAAAGCAUGGAGAGUCUGGAGGACUCGUGGGUGUCUCGGGCCAACGCACUGCAGAGGAAGGGUCGAGCAGGUCGCGUGGCCUCAGGGGUCUGCUUCCACCUCUUCACCAGCCACUGCUUCCAACAUCAGCUGGCCGAGCAGCAGCUGCCUGAGAUCCAGAGGGUGCCUCUAGAGCAGCUCUGCCUCCGUAUCAAGAUCCUGGACGUGUUUUCUGAGCAGACGCUGGAGUCUGUUUUCUCCCACCUCAUCGAGCCCCCAGCUAUGGGAAGCUUGGAUGCAGCCAAGCAGCGCCUGUGCGACCUGGGAGCUCUUACUGCAGACGAGAAACUGACCCCGCUGGGCUACCACCUGGCCUGCCUGCCCGUCGACGUACGAAUCGGAAAGCUCAUGCUGUUUGGAGCAAUCUUCCGCUGCCUUGACCCAGCACUCACCAUCGCUGCCAGUCUGGCCUUCAAAUCCCCAUUUGUGUCUCCAUGGGAUAAGAGAGAAGAAGCCAAUGAGAAGAAACUGGCCUAUGCUGUGGCUCAAAGUGAUCACCUAGCUCUGUUACAGGCUUAUAAGGGUUGGUGCUGUGCUGCAAGAAAUGGAAACCAGGCCGGCUUCGCCUACUGCAGGGAGAACUUUCUGUCUUGGCGAGGAUUACAGGAAAUAGCCAGUCUGAAGAGGCAGUUUGCUGAGCUGCUGUCUGACAUUGGCUUCAUUAAAGAGGGACUGAGAGCGAGGAUUAUAGAGCGAAUGAGCUCUAAAGGCACUGAUGGGGUUCUGGAGGCCACAGGCCCUGAGGCAAAUCUGAACUCAGAAAACAUCCGGCUGAUGUCCGCCAUGCUUUGUGCUGCCCUCUAUCCCAAUGUGGUCCAGGUACGAGCUCCUCAGGGGAAUUACAAGAUGACCAGCAAAGGUGCGAUGAAGAUGCAGCCCAAAGCCAGCGAGCUCCGCUUCAUGACUAAGAACGACGGCUGCGUGCACGUGCAUCCUUCCUCAGUCAACUACACGGUUCGUCACUACAACAGCCCCUACCUGGUUUACCAUGAGAAGGUGAAGACGAGCCGGGUCUUCAUCAGGGACUGCAGCAUGGUGUCUGUUUAUCCUCUGGUGCUGUUCGGAGGCGGGCAAGUCAACAUGGAGCUGCACAAAGGAGAGUUUGUGAUCUCACUGGAUGAUGGAUGGAUCAGAUUUGCUGCUUCUUCUCAUCAGGUGGCAGAGCUGGUGAAAGAGCUGCGCUGGGAGCUGGACCAGCUGCUUGAGGACAAAAUCAGGAACCCGAGCAUAGACCUGUGCAGCUGCCCCCGCGGCUCCCGCAUCAUCCGCAUGAUUGUCCACCUCAUCACUACACAAUAACUCUGUUACCACAAACACAUUUGUCCCCUUUUUGUCACCCUCGAGGGCUAAAAUGCAUGAAGCUCUGCAGUGAUGAUGUCUUUCUGCCAUUCAGUGAUUUUGAAAACAUGCUACUCCAUCAGUGAGGGGUGAAGUGAGGUCGCCAGAGGUGAGGUAACACAUCGCCCUGCUGCUACCUGACACUUUAACACAAGUAUUAGUUUACAUGAAAACAGAGCUUUGGUUGUGUUGCUGCACUAGAAGCUUUAUGAAGCAUUUGUUGCCUUUAAAGAAAAACUUACAGCUCUAUGCAGGUGAUCAACAAACCUCCAUGAAUUAAGCGCUUCUAGCUGUUUUCACCAGACCUACUUUGGCCUAAUGAAAUGCAAAAAGUAGAGUAGUUUUCCAGUGCCAUACUACUGUAUGUGCAGUAAAUUGGCACAGAAAAAUCUAAAUUUGAUGUCAUUUUCUCUACAUUUAGUUGAGUUGUGUGUCUUCACCACAACUGAGACGUUACUCGGGUCCAUAUUGGACUUUUAUUCUAACAGUGGCUGCAGAGUUGUAAUGGUUGUGUAUUUAUUUGUAAUGCAUGAUUGAAAAAUCCAAGAGCUUCUGCAUGGUAUUUACAUUUACUGAAUGUAUUUAAAUGUAAUAAUGAUGUCAGAGCUACAUUUUCACCAUGUGAAUGCAAGGGCUUUUUUAAAAUCAGAUGAAUUUGGUGAAAACUGCCAAAGAAUUUGAAAGCUUUUUAUGUCUUAACAAUGGUGAAUUCCACUGUACACUGCACACACAUGAAUAAAAAUAUAAAAGGGGAGGAGAGUUAGCUGUUUGCUUUAUGCUUCCUGCACCCAUCUCCUUCUGAGCUUUGUGUUCUUUUCAGGGUUCCUUAAGAAGUCUUGGAAAGUCUUACAUUGUAUAUUUGAAAUUUAAAGCUUUAAAAAGUUUUAUUUUUACCAGCGAGAAGUCUUACAUUUUUAAAAGCACAUUGACCAAGACCUUUCCUUUUCCAGUCUUUAUUUUUUAGCCAACCUUAUACAACUUUAAUCAUCUUCCUCCAGAAGUUGUUGCAUAAAUGUUUUUAAUAUUUCAGGGAAUCCAGUGUUGGAUGUUCUAAAUUUCCUGGUGGAGGACCCCUGACUCCUCUCUGAUUUUAUCUGGCUUACUGUGAUUUAAUACACUCUGAACUGUUGUGAACCACUAGUUGAGUUCUCUAACGUCUGGGCAACCAGGUUGCCCACUUAAGAAUCCUUGCAGCCCACCUUUAUUUUGACAGGUCUUUACAGACUAGUUAAACUGUUUAGAAUCAGCUCAGCACACCUUCAAAAUAUGUUAUGAUAAAAAUUACCAUAGGACAGAUUGAUAAAAUAGAUCAGUGUUCAUCAUCUGGCAGGCUGAGGACCAUAUCAGGCCCACCAAAGCUCCCCAUCCAGCCCCCAAAAGACUAUUAAGGUGUGGAUAAAGAGGGUAUCUUUCAAUCCCUACAGUCAUCAAAUCAACCCGAGUGAUCAAGAAUGCAACAGUUUUAAAAGAAAUUACUGAACGUUUGAUCUGAUUUUCAGUUAAAUCUGCCUGCAAGCCAUUAUUAGUCAAUGUGAUGCAUAAUAAACACACGAUUAGUUCAUAGUCA